ACAAGCGGAUAGACAAAGAAGGAUCACUGGCGGUGUCAAGGAUUGUCUUUUCGGGCUCUUUUGGCCGUUUCAGCCCUCUUCUCUCGGCGCACUUUAAUUGGAGAAGGUCGCCAAGAUGAUGUCCAUGAACAGCAAACAGGCGCACUUCGCCAUGCAUCCCUCGCUACCGGAGCACAAGUACACCACCCUGCAUUCCAGCUCGGAGGCAAUACGGAGAGCCUGUCUACAAACUCCACAGCUGCAAAACAACAUUUUCGCCAGUUUGGACGAGACGCUCCUUGCCCGGGCUGAGGCUUUGGCGGCCGUGGACAUCGCCGUGUCCCAAGGCAAGACGCACCCAUUCAAGCCCGACGCCACCUACCACACCAUGAGCACCGUACCGUGCUCGUCGACGUCCACGGUGCCACUGGCCCACCACCACCACCAUCAUCACCACCACCAUCACCCGAACCUGGAACCCCCGGACUUAAUGGACCAUAUCAGCUCGCCCUCUCUCGCCCUCAUGUCCAGCGCGCACGACGGGUCCGGUGGCGGAGGCGGCGGUGGAGGAGGCGGCGGCGGCGGAGGGCUCAUCUCCACCUCCUCCGGACCCGGGCACGCGCACGCACACUCCCACAUGCACGGCUUGAGCCACCUCUCGCACCAGGCGGCCAUGAGCAUGAACUCGCCUCUCACCCAUCACGGCCUCUUACCGGGUCAUCACGGGGGGAGCCAAAUCGGCCUCGGGCUGACGGGCAGCGGGCUGCCGUCCAUCAAUGACUCGGACACGGACCCCAGGGAGCUGGAGGCCUUCGCGGAGCGCUUCAAGCAGCGGAGGAUCAAACUGGGGGUGACCCAGGCGGAUGUGGGCGGUGCGCUGGCUAAUCUCAAAAUCCCCGGCGUGGGAUCGUUGAGCCAAAGUACAAUUUGUCGGUUCGAGUCGUUGACUCUGUCCCACAACAACAUGAUCGCGCUCAAACCCAUCCUCCAGGCGUGGCUGGAGGAGGCCGAGGGGGCCCAAAGGGAGAAAAUGAGCAAACCGGACAUUUUCAACGGAGGGGAAAAGAAACGCAAGAGGACCUCGAUAGCUGCUCCGGAGAAAAGAUCCUUGGAGGCCUACUUCGCCGUUCAGCCGCGGCCCUCCUCGGAGAAAAUUGCAGCCAUCGCUGAGAAAUUGGACUUGAAAAAGAACGUGGUGCGAGUGUGGUUUUGCAACCAAAGACAAAAGCAGAAAAGGUUGAAAUUUUCCGCCGCCCACUGAUGCUAGGAGGGGGGGAAGAAAAAAAAAAAAAGACACGAAACAAGUGGCUGAAUUUGGGGACCAAUGGACAGUGACAGAAAACCAUUUUCAGUCUUUUGUCUCCGGCGACCUUAUAAGCCGGUGCGCAAUGGGCUGCAGUCGUUCGAGAAGAGGCUUCUUAUAUAUUCGUUAUUUUUUCACGUUAUCGGUGAAUGUGAAGUAUGCAAAUAUCAGAUGACACCCACCUUGCGCCGUCCCCGUAACAAGGGAAAAAAAGUUUAGCGACGUCGACGUUGCCUUUUAAAACAUGCGGGAAAAGGGAAAGAUAGAAAGCAAGUUAAUUUCUCCGAACAGGCCUAUUAUUUGAACUA